ACCAUCGUUAAGUUUAAGCGAUCUUUUUUCUUGUUCAGUCUGUGUCACAUGCUCUCUGCCAGGACCAACAAUAGUGAGAAAGUGAUUCCGUGGGUGUCCCAUUACAAAUCCUUUUCUUCUUUCUCAGCAAUCCCCUCCAAUCGCUCAGCAUGGCUUCUUUUUUGAAAACGAUUAUAAUCGAGCCCUCAGAGAAACAUACUGGCACUGUCUGCUGGUUGCAUGGGUUGGGUGAUUCCGGUGCGGGUUGGUUAUUUCUCGUUGAGGAAUUAGCGCCUCUCUUUCCUCAUAUCAAGUGGAUUCUCCCCACUGCACCAGUACGAAAAGUUGAAGCCAAUGCUGGAGCACUUAUGCCUGCCUGGUUUGAUGUACCUGGAUUUGACAAGUCAGCCAACUUGAAAAAGACAGAUUCAAAGGGCAUGGUCGAAUCUUCAAAUUUAGUGAACGAGCUUAUUCAAGCGGAAAUUGACAGCGGCACCCCUUCGGAUCGGAUUAUUCUAGGCGGCUUCUCCCAGGGUUGUGCGAUUGCUUUGCUCACAGGAUAUUCGACGCAUCACAAACUCGCUGGUGUCAUUGGCUGUAGUGGAUGGCUGGGCGUGAUUGAAGGAAUAGAAAAUAUUGGCACCGAGACAAACAAGAAAACUCCAUUUUUGUUAUGCCACGGCGACGAGGAUGUGGUAGUAAAGCCGCGCUACGGUCAAGCAACCGCAAAGUACCUCAACAAAAUCGGGUUCCAGGCAACGUUUAAGUUGUAUCCAGGACUCGGCCAUGCUGCCGCAUUACCAGAAAUUGAGGAUAUCGCCAGCUUCAUCAAGGAGCAGUUGCCCCUUCGACAUGAAAGCAAGAUCUAGUAGAGAAGAAAUGCAUACAGGCUAAAAUGUAUUAUCAGCGAUAAUCAACAUAUAAAGAAGGCAUAUCAAACACUACACACACAGGAACGAACUUUUUGUAAUAUGCAAAAAUGGAGUCUUUUUUAUAUGAUGGCUGAUUGCUGAAAACAAACCGGAUCAAAAGGCCAAUACACUGCUUUUGCC